ACACGUCAAAAACAACACGUGUUAUUUAAAGUUUAAACACUGUAUUUAGUUCCAUUGAUAGUAGGGAAUAACCUAUAUUUUGACUAUACAGCCAUGUCUCGUCAUCCUUUAACGUUUCAGGUUUUGGCGCAGUGCAAAGUGACCAAAGCGAAAUGUAGUCUCAUGACUUUACCUCAUCAUGUUGUCGAAACGCCGGUUUUCAUGCCAGUCGGUACACAGGGCUCUUUGAAAGGGAUCAUACCUGAACAAUUGGAACAGCUAAACUGCCAAAUCAUGUUGGGUAAUACAUACCAUUUGGGAAACAGACCGGGUCCAGACUUGUUGGAGAGUUGUGGUGGGCUGCAUAAUUUUAUGGGAUGGCCAAGAAAUUUGUUAACUGAUUCUGGUGGAUUUCAGAUGGUCUCCUUGUUAGACUUGGCUGAGAUUACAGAAGAGGGAGUAAAGUUUAAGUCUCCUUAUGAUGGAAGUGAGUGUUUGCUAACACCUGAGAGAUCCAUAGAAAUUCAAAACGCCAUAGGUGCAGACAUUAUAAUGCAGUUGGAUGAUGUAGUUAGUUCCACUGUCUCAGGACCAAGAGUAGAGGAAGCGAUGCACAGAACUACGCGAUGGUUAGACCGUUGUAUAAAAGCACACAAGCGACCUGAAACUCAGAAUCUUUUCCCAAUUGUUCAAGGUGGGUUAGAUCCUAAAUUGCGAACCGAAAGUGCCAAGCAGCUGAUGGAGCGAGAUGUCGCGGGUUUUGCAGUUGGUGGACUUAGUGGAGGGGAAGGAAAAGAUCAGUUCUGGAGAAUGGUUCAUUUGUCAACAGAUCUUCUACCAAACGAUAAACCAAGAUAUUUGAUGGGGGUUGGAUUUGCAACGGAUCUCGUUGUCUGUUGCGCUUUAGGUUGCGACAUGUUUGAUUGUGUUUUCCCAACAAGAACGGCUAGAUUUGGAUGUGCCCUUGUCGAUAGUGGGCAACUUAAUUUGAAGCUAAAGUCAUUUGGACAAGAUUUCCGACCCAUUGACGAAAACUGCAAUUGCUCAACUUGUCAACGUUAUACUAGAGCAUAUCUGCACACUAUCGCCACGAUAGAAACCGUAGCUUGUAAUCUUAUAACCGUGCAUAAUGUCGCCUAUCAGCUACGCUUAAUGCGCAACAUUCGUGAGAGCAUUAUGAAUGGAACCUUUGUCGAGUUUAUCUUCAAUUUCAUGGAUACCAUGUAUCCCAAAAAAGAUUUUCCAGUAUGGGCUAUGGAUGCUCUUAGAGCAGUAAAUAUUGAUUUGCUCAACCGCACCAAACAACAAAAUUCUGAUUCUUGAAAAUGUAUUUUCAAUUUGAAAGCAUAAAAAAGUGUUCUGGA